AUGCCCUUCCGCCAGGCGCCGCCGCCGUCUCCACUUAAACCCGCGAGAUCUCAGCAGAACGCAAGCGGCGUGACGUUCCAUACCCGCAGCGAUCCGGCGCGAUCGGAAUUAACGUUUCCAGUCGGCGAAAAACAGGCGAGCUAUCAAGUUGCUCUGACGCGAGCGGAAAACAAGUCCUACUUGAAGAAAGGGACGGACACCCGCCCUUGA